AUCAAAUCAUAUUAAAUAAUAGUUGCUACUCGAAUUACCAGGAGCGGUAAAACAGGACAUCUAGUCAAGGUAGCUGACGGCUCCCCAUUAAUCUUGGAGCAAGAUAUCGACUUCAAAUUGAAAGUGAACAGUCAAAGGUAGAAUUGUCCCAUGAUCGGUAUUGAAAGUGUUGUGUAAAUUAUCUUCACGUGGCAGACUGUGAAUGUCCUGAAAUCUACCGGAAAGUGUUAGCAGAGUGAUUGAUAAACAGGUUACUCCUCCAAAACACCCCGCGUGUGCUCUCGCAAACACCCCGCAACUCCAAAUUAUUUCACCCCGCAUAUCGAGAUUUGCAUUCAUCAUAUCAUUUGCCCAAUCCGGCCAUUAUCUGCCCAAGAGCCCCAUGGAAUCCUCACCAGCUCCGUUCAAAGCCCAACACCACAUGGGUGACAAUAAAAUCCAUGUGCUCCUUGCAGCCAGUGGGUCGGUUGCGACCAUCAAACUUCCCAAUAUCGCGGAAGCCCUUGGCCGCCAUUCGAAUAUUUCUAUCCGCAUAAUCGUUACAAAAUCAGCGGCUGAAUUUCUAAAGGGACAGAGUCACGAGCAACCAUUGCUCGAAAAUCUCCUCGAACUACCUGGCGUGGAUGCUAUUUACCGAGACGAGGAUGAGUGGAGGCACUCUUGGACUCGUGGCGAGCCAAUCCUACAUAUAGAGCUCAGAAAAUGGGCACAUAUCCUACUCAUCGCGCCUUUAUCCGCCAACACCAUGGCCAAAAUGACCAUGGGAAUUUCAGAUAACCUUCUUCUCUCUGUUUUGCGAGCAUGGGACACGACGGGAUCGGUGGACGCCAAUUUCAAGGAAAAGAAGCCCAUUGUGUUUGUCGCCCCCGCCAUGAAUACAGCAAUGUGGUUUCAUCCGAUCACUGCCAAGCAACUGGCUAUACUGAAUGAUGAAUGGGGCGUAAACUCUCGCAACGAGGGCUGGGUAUCUGUACUUAACCCGGUAGACAAAUCUCUUGCUUGCGGCGAUACAGGAACCGGGGGUAUGAUGGAAUGGAAGACCAUAGUCGAUAAGGUGGAGCAGUAUUUAGGUAUUGGCAGAGACGAUAAAUAAAGAGGUUAGCUAGAGCUUCAGGACCUGAAAUGA